UCGCGCUCAGGAAGCAUGGCACUCUGGCGGGCAUACCAGCGGGCUCUGGCUGCUCACCCGUGGAAAGUACAGGUCCUGACGGCUGGGUCCCUGAUGGGCCUAGGUGACAUUAUCUCACAGCAGCUGGUGGAGAAGCGGGGUCUGCGGGAACACCAGACGGGCCGGACCCUGACCAUGGUAUCCCUGGGCUGUGGCUUUGUGGGCCCCGUAAUAGGAGGCUGGUACAAGGUUUUGGAUCGGUUCAUCCCCGGCACCACCAAGGUGGAUGCACUAAAGAAGAUGUUGUUGGAUCAGGGAGGCUUUGCCCCAUGUUUUCUAGGCUGCUUCCUCCCACUGGUAGGGACACUCAACGGACUGUCGGCCCAGGAAAACUGGGCCAAACUCCAGCGGGAUUAUCCUGAUGCCCUCAUCACCAACUACUAUCUCUGGCCUGCCGUGCAGUUAGCCAACUUCUACUUGGUCCCCCUUCAUUACAGGUUGGCCGUUGUCCAGUGUGUUGCUGUUAUCUGGAAUUCCUACCUGUCCUGGAAGGCUCAUCAGUUCUAAGUCUGCCUCGCUUAAUCAUUUCCACCUUGCAGGGAUGCACCUUGACCUUGGAUGGUCAGACAACCUCCUCAGAGUGGGCACGUCAGUUUCCAUGGGGUUGGGUUGCUGGUCAGAUCUUGUUAGCACCCUGCAAUGCUAAACUUACUGGAAUGUAAACUUACGGCUUUUGAAAUCACUAAAACCUUAUCACAGUCUUAUUCCCACCACAUACUAGGCACUCCAUAAAUAUCUGCUGAACCUUAUGACCUCAUCAACUUUACACUCAGAUCCUAUCAAAUGCCACUUGUUCCCACUAUUCAUAGACACAUCUCUUACCCUAACCCUGCCCAGUGCUAGUGUCGCUCCACCUCUUUGGGGACCCCCCUCAAACCCUUUAUAUGGUGCACCUUUAUAUGGUGCCUUAGUAAAUAUGUUAUUAAACAUGUGAUCUGGAA